CUCAGCUGAGCGUCCUUUCUGCACUUUGUCUGCCACUUGGCCGAACCGUCUUCGAUUUCCCUGUGCAAUGGCGUCCCGGAGUCGAAAGAUCUGGUGUCUGCCGCUGAUGCUGCUAGUGCUCGCCGGCUGCACCGCAGUGGAGGACGUCGUAACAGAUCUGGACAGCCUGUGUGAGACGGUGCAAUGUCCUUCCGAUUGCCCCGCGGACAGUUACAUGCCCUCGAAGGCGGAAUACUUUGCCGGCGAGACCAACGGGCUGUUCGGGCACGACGUGCGGGACGAUGAGGCAGCUACGGAGGCGCCGCCAACCGCCGGCCGUCGCGAGCGUCGCUCGAUCGCCAUGAACAACCAUCCGCACGAGUCCAUCAGGAUCAUCCCGAGUGCCCACGUGUUCCUGCACCAGAACCAGCUGCAGGCCUCCCGGGCCCAGAGGCACCACCUGUGGAAGCGUGCGGUGCCGUACGCGGCCGAUGCCACCGACGAGCUGUUGGAUGGGGGGGCCGCUCCCGGAUCCGGCGUCGAUCUGCACGAGCUCUGCUGCCCAAAGUGCCUGUGCCGGGUGUGCCGGGAGGCAAGCUGCCCGCACAACUACUUCGCCAGCGUCGACAGGGACGGAACUACGGGCAAUCCAGGGAGCUGCUGCCCGCAUGUCCUCUGCCAGCCGAAGCGAUGCCGUUCGGACAGCUUCCCGGACCGGCUGUUCGCCGACGGCGAACAAUGGAACGAGAACCCGUGCACGCUGUGCCACUGCGUGAACGGUAUGAGAAACUGCGAGAUCCCAUCCUGCCGCCCGCUCAACUGCAACAACACGCUCCAAAUCCCCGGCCAGUGCUGCCCGGUGUGCGACGAAAAGGACUCCAUGUUCUGCCCGAGCCACGUCAACUGCGGGCUAAACUGCCGCUAUGGUUAUAGGAGCGAAGGUGGGUGCCAUCUGUGUGAGUGCAUUCGUCAACCCAACGUCACCAACACCACCACCACCACCACCACCACCACCACCACCACCACCACCACGGACGCCACCACCAGCAGCAGCACGAAGCCGGCGAGCUCCACCGAACCGACGCACGUCCCCACAACCUCGGACGAGCUGCUGGUGGAGCCGGAACUGGAGACCAGCAACCGCUACGGACCGGAACCGGAACCGACGUCGGUGGAUCCCGUGAACCGACCGCUCUACCUGCCGAUACUGUAUCUGAUCAUUAUUUCGCUGAUCCUGGGCCUAGGGCUCGCCGGGGGCAUCAUGUCCCUGUGGAAGCUGGCGCAGAGCCGGCACCGCGGCAAGUACAGCACCGUGCCGGUGACGGCAAGCACGGCACCGACGACGCCGGUACCGUCGGUGCAGCUGAUCGCCACCACCCCCACGAUGACGGCCAACAGUUUCGCCUAGACUGGCCCUGCGACGCUUCCUUUUCACACGCUCCCAACCAACGCAUCCCUUUGUUUUCUUUAUAUUUUCUCUGUCAUUUAUCAUUCACCAUUUCCACGUUAUAUGAAGUAAAAAAAAUUGUGAUAAAAAUGUUAAGGAGAGAGGCUCUGAUAGAAUGAGUGGAAGAAGAAGGAGCAAGGGAAAAACACGAGAGCGAGAGGGAGAGAGAGAGCCAGAAGUCGGAGCCAAUUAAACGAGAGGGAACCGGGCAUCGAUUGGCGGUGGCCCGCGUAAGGAAGAAACACAUAUUCCUAUCUAUUAAUUCGUGUUUCUUCACUAUUAUAUUUAUUUACUUAUUGGUUUAAGGAUACGACGAUGCGUAGAGAGAGAGAGAGAGAGAGAGAGAGCGAUAGAGUGUGAAAAUCAGAAAAAAUCAAUUUUGCGUUCAAAACCCGAGCCCCAUUUCCGAAUGCGCGAACCGAGCACUCAACAAAAACCGGUCCACUUGUGAUUGAGUUUACGUGCACGAUUUAGGUGUCGAGCUUCGAGCGAUCCUUGAAAAUUAACACUGUUAACAAGGUGAGCCCCCCGCCCGGGGGCCACCAGACGGCCAUGCGCCAAGGUAGUAUUCGAAGCGUAAGUAAGUCCCGUUUGUUGUACGUUUGCACGUUUUGCACGCUUCCUGCACCAUGUCACGUGGAGCGGCCAGAACACCACUUCCGUUUUUGGUUCCGUUACCGAAACGCAGGCGAAACGGGUUUGUAAAUGAAGGCAAAAUAAAAUACCAAAAGGCUUCCAUUCGGGCCCCGGGCAAACAAACGAGACGGAAAACGUCGCACAAGACGGAAAGAUGGAAGUGAAACAGCUCACAAGCGCACGCUCACAGUUACGAUGCGAAAAGAAAGCUGCAAAAAGGCGAACAAUUUAAGGAACAAACCGAAAACAUCCUUGCAUAACGGAGCCGGUCAUUGUAAAAAGCUGUUGCUAAACUAUUUAACCACCCCACCCGGGGCCACCCGGGACCGGGGGUCUUGAAACCUAUACCUCCUGCAUAUCGCUAUCCCAGGCUCACUCACGGACCACUCAUGCGAACAGACGUGAUACACGAUCCUCCACCAAAUAUUGAACGCCCGGGCGAACUGUGGAAAUAGUUAAUCGAAAAACCUUUUACUUCCUCGAUGUCUCGCUUCAGCUUCAACGGCCUCGGACGGACGCGUGUCCCUAUAAACGGUCUAAGCACCGCUAUUCUGUCACCUCAUCACACAGACACGCACACAUACAUACGCAGCUAGUUCACCAAUGAGCGUGAAGACAAACUCGAAACUAUGCAAUAUGUAAUGGGACACGCCACAUGGAUCGCCCUAAAAAGGGAACGGAAAACCUGUUGAAAUUUGUAAACGCAACUGUAAAAAGCUAAAGCCCGAACCCGGGUGCGGGGUGCAAGCAGAACUGUAGUAAAGCAGGGGGUUAGUCCCAGGAAAAACAUGCAACAUUUAACCGUAGCUAAACACGAAAUAAAAAGCUUCGAGCAGACCCACGAGUGGCCCCAGUAUAUGAGUUUACUUCCAUUUGGUUUUAUCCCAAUCACCCGAUGGAACAUCAAUGAAACUCCUAUCCUUAAUCCGCUACCAUCCGCCUAGAACUCCUCGAUCGGCUGAACUUAUCCAUGGCGUGGAAUAGCGCAAUCGAACCGACACCGACGUGUACAUUAACGAAGCAAAUAUAGAUAUAAUUGCAUAUAAGUGUGCGCCGCGUCCGGGUGGCCCCAAAUGUUUGUCACUCCGGAAAAUGUGUCUCUGUGCGUGCGUCUGUGUGUACCUAUUUGUGUGAAUUGUUCGAUGUCGCCACAGACAGGGGAGCAGAGACAACGCAACGCAACCGAACCGAAUGCUGCAUCCGAUCGUAAAAGGUUCCGGUUUAGGUUUAGGGCGCCAUAAUGUAGAACGCAAACGAAGACGAUAGAGUGAACAGACACAUACAAAAAAAAAACAAAACCAAAACAAUGAAGGUGCAGCAAGGAAACCCCUAAACAGCAAAACAAUUGAGAAAACUGAAAGUUGGAAACCUCCAGCAAUCGGAGCGUAUUGAGCGCGAGUUGGUGAAGAGUUUACAUGUGAAUAGUUAUGCAUUGUACGAAAUCGAUCAUUUGUAUAAAGAAAUAAAAUA